AGCUUCACUCACCGACGCAAAAAAAAGAGGAAAAGGAAGAAACCCAAUUCUACUUCAAUAAUAAGAGAAAAACUGAUACUCCCAGAAGCAGAAGCAGAAGCAGAAGCAACAUGGCUUUAGCUUCCACUUCCCAACACAGCUUCCUCACAGGGAAGCCCCUCUCUUCAUUAAUCCCCAGCAGCAAAACAAAGCUCUCAUCAUUCCCUACACAGAUCUCAUGCAGGUCCACACAGGAGAAAGAUCGUAAAGACCCAUCUCAGAAGAAUAUUGGGAGCGAUAAUAAGUUGGCGAAACUGGCGAUGGUCACGCUCGCAGCCGGGGUUCUUGCUCUUGGACCAGUCGAUGGUGCGUUGGCGGCAAAGUCUGGUGGUAGAGUUGGGGGGCAGGCCUUCCGGUCGGCUGCGCCGAGGCCGUCAGGACCGAGGAUCAACAAUUCAAGGACCAACAUCUACAUCAACCCCCCAGUAGCACCACCUCUGGUCGGCGGGUACGGCUACGGCGUGCCGUUCUUUGGCGGCGGGUGGGGUUGGUCACCAUUUACGUUCUUUGUGCCGGGUCCCAGCGUUGCCGUCGGCGUCGGAGGGGGAUUCGAUAUCUUCGUGGCAUUCUUAGUUCUUGGCACGGUUGCGACGGUGAUCAGAAGUUUUUUCAGUCGGCGGGACGACGACGAUGAGGACUACUGAGCCAUUUCAGUCGACACCACCAUGCAAAAUUUGUAUAACUGUACGUUUAUAGUAUGUGUUGUAAAAUUGAAGCCUAAAUUUUGUAUUUUUGACCUUACUUUUCUAUUUGGUAUUUGAGGAUACAAUUACAUUGUAAGCCUACUAUGGAAUGAGAUGCAUCUUUGUAAAUCCAUACAAGUGUUUAAAGUAAAGAUGACGUUCUUAAUUAUUAAGCA